UUAGGUUAAUCGUCCAAGGAUAUUAGAGUUAUUUUCAAUGGUUAAUGAAUAGCUUCUAAGAGCCUGCUUCAUUUAAUUGUCCAAAGGCCAGUUGGUCCCAGAGCAUAUAAAGCUGUGAGCUGGCUAAUGAGAGCAUUCUCUCUGAGCAAGGGAAGAAGGGGAGUGGCAGGCUCGGGGAUCUGGGCUCCAAAGGAGCAGCGAUGCAGAACAGAACCUGUCUAGUUCUCUGUGUCUUUGCCCUCCUGAUGGGCUUCCUGAUGAUCUGCCUGGGGGCCUUCUUCAUUUCCUCAGCCUCUCUGUUCAACUGCCAGGGGAACUUGACCCUGGCCUAUUUGCUUCUGCCUCUGGGGUUUGUGAUCCUUCUGAGUGGAAUUUUCUGGAGCACCUACCACCAGGCCAGUGAAAGCAAAGGGGUUUUCAACCGUGUGCUCAGACAGUAUGGUGCUCAGGGGGCCCUGCCCCUGGCCACAGUGGACAGACCAGGUUUUUACCCUCCAGCUUACGAAGAGAGUCUUGCUGCUGACAAGCAAGCCUGUCACACAGAGCAAGAGAUCUCGGGUGCUCCUCCACCUCUGUACACAGAGAAGGGCCUUGAAUUUCAGGAUGAAGACGGGGCCCACUCAGAGGACCCACCACCCUAUGGCGAGUCUGCAGCAGACGGGGUGGCAGCAGCAAGGCCGUGGCAGGAUGCUCAGAGGCAAAGCCAAGAGUGCUGAAGCAGGGGAAGUGCGCCAGCCCUCACGACGCACCCUCAUGGGAGGCAGCUAUGAAUAAUAAACCCAGGCAGGGACUGCGGGAGGAGAAGCCACAUCAGCGACCCCAGAGGAGAGCUCGCAGCGGGACCCUGUGAGGCCAAUGCGAUUCCGCGUGUGUGCUUGGCCUGCAAGGGCAGGGUGGGGCACCAGGCAAACAUUUCAAAGGAUUCGCAGUCACCCCAACCCAGGGAAGCUUUUGGACUGCAAAGGUUUUGUUGUGAGAGCUCUGCUCCUUUCUGCUCAUCCCCAACACUUCUCCCAUCUCCUGACCGGCAGCACGGAGGAAGAGAUGCCGUUUGGACACCAUGCACCUUCAUGGACUGCAUUACAAAUACUCACAAAGGGAAAAGGCAAGCUGGCCACCAACGGUCAUUAUCGUUUAAAUUGCGGGUUCUGCUGGCUGGUUUCAUAGUUAUCCUCAUUUACCGUACUGCCAGUGGCACGCUAAUUCACACAUUGUAAGAGAUUUGCCCCUGGAACCCAUUAAUGUUACUUUGUAUGACUUUAAGUAUGUAUAUUUUAUUUCUGUCUGAAAGGAAAGUGACUUCAAUACUUACUUUCAAAAUGGUUCAAGCACAAAGUCUUAAAUGAGUAUUUUAAAAAUGGGAUGGUUUUACAAGCAUAUAUAGAAGAUUUCCUAGAGACUCAAGUUGAAUAAAGAGAAUAUUCAAAAAUUCACAAUACACAGGAUUCAGGGGAAAAAAAGUAUUUGUGCUAGCCAUAGGUUGUAUUAAUACAGAAGACACAAAUCUUGAAAAGCUUUAAAAUACCCAUGUAUUUCAGUGAAUCCCCUGUAAAUCUCUAGGAUUUGAAAGAAAGGAGACUAGAGUGUAGUACCUUAAUUAUUAACAGACAAUUCUUUGUGUCUCAAAACAUAGAUCCAGACACUUUUAGAUUUAAUACAUUUAUUUUGAAGCCCAAUGCUUCCUCUUCAGCUUUACUAUGUCUUAUGAUCUUAUUAUAAGUUUUAAUACAUGAGGACAAGUCAGGUGGCAGAGUGGUGGGAGGAUAUACAGCCUGAUGCUUUAGAGCUUGAGAAAGAAACUUCAUCUCUCUGGGCCUCCGUUUCCUGCCCUGUCAGGUGAGGACUUUAUGCUGGGAUUAAUAUAUGACAAUUAUGGAAUACCUUUUAUAAGGCAUGCUCUUUACUACAACUGUUUAUGCUUUUUAUUUAGCCCUCAUUAUAGUCUUCAGAGAUAAGUGCUGUGGUUAUUCUCAUUGCAAAGAUGCAUAAAUUGAGAGUUCGAGAAGUUAAACCUUUCCAACAACAUAGUUAUUUCCACGAGGGUGAGGAAAGGUCCAUAGAAGAGCAGGGAAGACUUUACUUCACACUUCUGUGCUAGGUUGUGCUAAUCCUGUCUUACUUCCCUCCUUCCAAGGAAAAGUUAAGACUUAUCUCCCCCUCAGGAAGUAGGCCCUAACAGGAAGGGGAGCCCCAGGGUAGCAGCAUUAUCUUAAAGCCCUUAGAGGCAGCAAAAGUUGCUUUAGUGUUAACCGCUGGCUUCUCUUUUAAAAUGUAAAUAAACCUUCCUCCGUUUUUCUGCGGAGCUUGGCCCUCACCAAGUUGUAAUUUCCUUUCAUCUGAUUGUUAUACCAUGAUGAAAGAUACCUCCUUCUGAUAACAGACAGCCUUGGUGAAGGGCACGGGAGGGCUUUGGACACUGGAGGGAGAGAUGAAGAGCUUUCGAGGAGGCUAGGGUUGUAGAGAUGAGAUGGGGACCCUGUGGCCUCCUCCUUCUGUUAUUACGGAGCGCUCAGAUGAAGCAUGUCCUGACACGCAGGAAGCCAUCCGAGGAAAUCCUGGUUCCUUUACACAAAGCAGGACUUUGGGCAUCUGUGAUUUGAGUCCUUGACAUCAAGAGCAUAACUGGACAUGAAGGUCACUCAUGGUUGUCCAACAGGAAGGUGGUCAUUUAUUAGCAAGGCAAUUUAUAAUUUCUCUCUUGUCAUCUCUUUCUAUUCCUCUACUGAGACGGUUAUCCUGGAAUUCUCCUUACGGUCUGAGCACAUUCACUGACUAGAACAAGCUCUAUCACUGGGCUUUUGUCCAGAAUUUGAAUUUGUAAUAGAUGUUUUUUCCAAAUACUACUGAGACAAAUGUAAUUUUCAUUUAUAUGAGAAAAUUGUCUUAAUCUCUUAACUGCAAUAAAUUUUGUACUUAAAUGUU